AUGACUCGGGAGCUGCCCAACAGGACCCCGAGCCCAUGCACCAUGCCAUCCUGCCACGCUGCCAUCAUCUCCCUGCUGCUGAUCCUGACGGCUUCCCCACGCUGGAGCUACGAGGCCAUCAGGCCCGGCUGCCAUCUGCACCCAUUUGAUGUAACCAUCAAGAGCGACCGCCGUGGGACCUGCCGUGGGACCCAUGUGGUCCAGGCCUGUGUGGGCUACUGCGAAUCCAGCGCCUUCCCCUCCAAGUACUCCGUCCUGCUGGCCAGCAGCUUCAAACACAACGUCACCUCUGUGUCCCAGUGCUGCACCAUCAGCAAGAUGCAGAAGAUCAAAGUCCGCCUGCAUUGCGGGGCCAUCCGCCACGAAGAGAUAGAGAUCUUCACCGCCACGAGCUGCCAGUGCGACAUGUGCCGUCUCUCCCGAUACUGA